AAGCAGGGCCUAGGCGGCGUCUUCCGAGCCUCGGGCUUGCGUGAGCGCGAAGCCGGCGCAGGGCGAGGGCAGGGCGGCGACGCGUCGGAGGCCUAAUGCGGCCCUUUUCAACCUCGAGGACGGCCAGCCGCUAAUGCGAAUGGCUGCCGGCCGCUGGAAGCUUUGGAGAAGGGAGAAAGGGCCGCCGGAAGAAAGAGAGGAGCCGUCCGAAUGCGUCGGGAGGCUGCUGGGCGACCCAGGAAAGUUUGCCUACGCCGCUCUCUGUGCUGUAUCCUUGGCGUCGCUGUUUCCCGAGCAAGAGGAGAGCUCAUAUCGGACGGGGGUGGUGGAAAGCCUGGUGAAAUGGCUGGAGCUCCCGGAAGGCGUUUUACCGGCCAUGCUGGCGUUUGUCGGCGGCUUGGGAGGCGAAGGAACGGAGACAUUUGCUCAGAUCCUGUUGAAGGAGCCUCCCGUGAAAGAUAACGCCAGCAUCAUCACCCAGGAUCUUGUGUCCUUCUCUCUCCAGGACGGAUCCUACGACGCGCGUGCAAGGGUGCUCCUUUCGCACGUCACCUGGUUGCUGAGGAUCCCCUUGGAGGAACUGGAGGCUUCAGAGGAAUGCCUCCUCGAAUGCCUGAACGAGGACCAAGAGGAAGAAUCGGAGACGGCGGAGGCAUUGCGGAAGAAGAAAGAGAAGAGGAAAAAGCUGAAGAGGUACCUGCUGAUUGCCUUGGCGACCGUUGGAGGUGGGACGGUGAUCGGUCUGACGGGGGGCCUGGCCGCCCCUCUGGUGGCCACCGGAGCGGCGGCCGUCAUCGGAAGCGCUGGUGCGGCUGCCUUGGGUUCGACGGCCGGGAUCGCUGUCAUGGCAUCGCUGUUCGGCGCUGCGGGAGCCGGACUCACCGGGUACAAGAUGAAGAAGCGUGUGGGGGCCAUAGAAGAGUUUGAGUUCCUACCCUUAACCGAAGGCAAACAACUUCACAUCACAAUAGCCAUUACUGGCUGGCUUUCUACUGGCAAAUAUGGGAGUUUCACGGGUCCAUGGAGUAACUUGUUGCAUUCCAAAGAGCAGUAUUGCUUAGCCUGGGAAUCGAAAUACCUCAUGGAACUGGGCAACGCCCUCGACUCCUUGCUGAACGGAUUAGUGAACAUGGUGGCACAGGAAGCCCUGAAGUACACGGUCUUGUCAGGUAUCGUCGCGGCUCUCACCUGGCCUGCUUCGCUGCUCGCCGUCGCUAGCGUGAUCGAUAACCCCUGGGGUGUGUGCCUCCAUCGCUCCGCCGAAGUCGGAAAACACCUGGCUCAGAUAUUGCUCGGACGGCACCAGGGCAAGCGGCCAGUGACUUUGAUUGGUUUCAGUCUGGGCGCCCGGGUCAUCUACUUCUGCCUCCAGGAGAUGGCCAAGGAAGAAGAUUGCAAAGGGAUCAUUGAAGACGUGAUCCUGUUGGGAGCACCGGUGGAAGGAGAUGCCAAGUGCUGGAAGCCCAUUGCCAAAGUCGUCUCGGGAAAGAUAAUCAACGGCUAUUGUAGGGGUGACUGGCUGCUAAGCUUCGUUUACCGGACCUCCUCCGCCCAACUCAACGUCGCCGGACUUCAGCCGGUUAACCUGGACGACAGGAGGAUGGUGAACGUGGAUCUCUCGUCGGUCGUGAGCGGCCACCUGGACUACAUGAAGCAGAUGGACACAAUCCUGAAGGCAGUGGGCAUCAAAACCAAGCAGUGCCGCUCGGACGAGCGGGGGAACCUCGCCGCACGCUCUGCUGAACCGGAGGAAAUCCCGGAGCUGACGCCGCCUGACGCCGGGGAAGAGCAGAGCGCACUGGCUGGGGAGGAGAGCCACGAUGGCGGCAGCGAUGGCCUCGCUGGGGAACGCGACCGCUGGUCGUGGGAGCCAGUAUCCGGCCAUGGAUUGUGCCUCAAAGACCACCCACCGGAGGUGGAUCCUCGACAGAGCGAUAUGGCUGACACUGAUCAGGACCAAAACCGAGCUGGUUUAGAGGACUCGUCCCCCGCCGGCUCUUCAAAUUCCCCGGAACUUUCUGGAGCAACCAUCCACAGCUCUGGCACUGCUAGCACGCCGCCUCCGAUGCUGAGAUAGCGGGCAUGAGGAUGCAGCACGAUGGGUACUGUAGUAUUUGCACUGGGUCUUCUGCGAAUUCCUGCAUGCUGCCAUCGGCGCCUAAGUGCCCUUGCAGAAUCAGUCCCAGGUUCUGUCUACGUGUGGUUCUGUCUCCAAGAACUUCGGCGCCAGGGCAUGACAGAUGUAGCCUUCCCGUAUUUCCCUGCAUCUCAUACUGCGAAAUAUGCUACCCCGGAUGGCUCAUGAUUGAAAACAAUUCUCUCCGUAGGUUUGUCUACUGUGGGUUUCCCCUGCCUGGUUCCCUCCAAAUAUUUUGGACUUCAACUCCCAUCAGCCCCAGCCAGUGUGGCCCAUGCUUGGAAAUGCUGGGAAUCGUAGUAAAAAAAAAACCCACCUGGUGGAGAUCUAAUGCAUCCUGUGUCAUCCUUGGUUCCCUCUCGGUGUUGUUGGACUCCAACUCCUAUCACCCCCAGCCAGCAAAACUGGGCUGCCUGGGGAUGAUGGGAGAAGUAGUCCAAACAUGCGGGGGGGCUGAGAUUGGCAAAGGCGGUUCUAACGACUCUAACCCUUCCCAAAAAAAGCAAUCUUAAGGGUCACGACCCGUUUGCGUUUCGUGGAUGGCCGAGUGCCUUUCGUUCCACAGAGUCGGACUUUUCUCCAAUUUUCCCGAAUGUGUGUGAAUUCGCAUCUGCGCCAAUUCACACGUUUGUGCAAAUCCCCCUCAAAAUGCACAAACCCUCCCCAAAAUGUGCAACCCGCCAUGCGCAAUUUCACGCUUUCGCCUAUGGCAGAAAUGUGCAAUUUUGGCCAGUUACUUUCCUUUCUUUUAAAAAAAAAUUCACACGUUUUGCUAUGGCUGAAUUCGCGUAAAACAAGCAAAACCAACCGAUGCAAACCUCUUUAUUUACAAAUGUACAGAUGGGAAAAAAAGGACGGUGGGGACGGGGGCCAAUGCGAGGCCGGGCUCAAACAGGGCGUGUCGGACCUUUCUGGGACCGAGGAACGGAUUCGGUUUUG